GUAUGUCCUAAACACCUAAAACGAUCAUCUUUGAUCCAGUUCAGCAAACAAAUCAGGCUUCGAGUUAACGGAAUAGUUCAGUAAUGACGCAACGUCCAGGUCGCGUUCCUAUUGGCUGAGACGUUUGUUUAUUUUUACCCCGUUGACUAGUUUGGUUUCACUCACAACCUGUCAAACCUCUAAGACGGACCAGUGAGAGGAUAAAAACGCUCUUGUGUGCAUCCAAAAGUAAUGCAGGCAAACUGGAGGUCCAAUUACACACCUUAAGUAAAGGCACUAAAUUAUUGCUGUGUUCUGGGAGCUGGUAUGAUUCAUCGUGUUGCUUGUUUGAGAAAAAUCCAAAAAUAUUUGAAAGAAAUUUGAAAGAUCCAGUACAAAUCCUUUAGUUUGCCGGACUCAUCAUCUUCACCUGCAUCUACAAGUGCACAUUUCUCAAACAAAAUCACAGACUCCAGGUCGUCCAGGUUGGCCAGAGUCUUGCCCGUGGCGCGAGACCCCACCACGCCCCGGUGGUGGCCCACGCUGAGUGUUGGCCUGCAAUGGCGCGGCGGGACACUGAUAGUUGCCGCCGUGGACUGUGAUGUCAAAGCCCAGCAGCCCGGGCGAGAGCCAACGUGGCGCUCCCAAAUUCUUUGUGGGCUGCGACGAGGAUGAGAGCGAGGGCUUGGACAGCUACGGCAGCAUGAGGACUGACAUGGAGCUGUACGAAGACGACCUGGAGGCAGACUCGCCUCCAGAGCGUCAGAUUGUGGUGGGGAUCUGCUGCAUGAUGAAGAAGUCCAAGUCUAAGCCCAUGACGCAGAUACUAGAGCGUCUGUGCAAGUUUGAGUACAUCACUGUGGUCAUCUUUCCUGAGGACGUCAUACUCAACGAGCCAGUGGAGAAAUGGCCCCUCUGCGACUGCCUCAUCUCCUUUCACUCAAAAGGUUUCCCCUUGGAUAAGGCUGUGUGUUACGCCAAACUCCGUAAUCCUCUGCUGAUCAAUGACCUUAAUAUGCAGUACUACAUACAGGACAGGAGGGAGGUGUAUCGCAUCCUACAGGAAGAGGGAAUUGACCUACCACGCUAUGCUGUUCUGAACAGAGACCCGGACAAACCCGAUGAGUGUAACCUGGUUGAAGGGGAGGACCACGUGGAGGUGAACGGCGAGAUCUUCCCCAAACCCUUUGUAGAGAAGCCAGUCUCAGCAGAAGAUCACAAUGUGUAUAUCUAUUAUCCGACCUCAGCUGGUGGAGGCAGCCAGCGCCUCUUCAGGAAGAUUGGGAGCCGGAGCAGUGUCUAUUCCCCUGAGAGCAGCGUCAGAAAGACCGGCUCCUACAUCUAUGAAGAAUUCAUGCCUACAGAUGGAACGGAUGUGAAGGUGUAUACAGUAGGGCCUGAUUAUGCUCAUGCUGAGGCUCGCAAGUCUCCUGCCCUGGAUGGCAAAGUUGAACGAGACAGUGAAGGAAAAGAAGUACGCUAUCCUGUUAUGCUCACUGCUAUGGAAAAACUAGUGGCUCGCAAAGUGUGUCUGGCUUUCAAGCAAACAGUGUGUGGGUUUGACCUGCUCCGGGCCAACGGACACUCGUACGUGUGUGACGUCAACGGCUUCAGCUUUGUGAAGAAUUCUAUGAAAUAUUACGAUGAUUGUGCCAAGAUACUUGGGAACAUUGUGAUGAGGGAGCUGGCUCCUCAGUUCCAUAUUCCCUGGUCUAUUCCCACUGAGGCAGAGGACAUUCCCAUAGUCCCAACCACAUCCGGCACCAUGAUGGAGCUGCGUUGCGUGAUCGCGGUGAUCCGCCAUGGAGACCGAACACCAAAACAGAAGAUGAAAAUGGAAGUCAGAAAUCCCAUGUUUUUUGAGCUGUUUGAAAAGUAUGGUGGUUACAAAACCGGCAAGCUGAAGCUUAAGAAACCCAAACAGCUGCAGGAAGUGCUGGACAUCAGCAGGCUGUUGUUAUCAGAUCUGGGGCAACACAGUGACUGUGAGAUCGAGGAGAAGAAGUCAAAACUGGAGCAGCUUAAGACUGUUCUGGAAAUGUAUGGCCAUUUCUCUGGGAUAAACAGGAAAGUGCAGCUGACUUACCUUCCACAUGGACAGCCUAAGACUUCCAGUGAGGAGGAAGCAGACACACGGAAUGAAGGUCCGUCCUUGCUGCUGGUGUUAAAGUGGGGAGGUGAGUUAACUCCAGCGGGACGCGUACAGGCAGAGGAGCUGGGUCGAGCCUUCCGCUGCAUGUACCCUGGGGGACAAGGGGAUUAUGCUGGCUUUCCUGGCUGCGGCCUACUUCGACUCCACAGCACCUACCGCCAUGAUCUGAAGAUCUAUGCCUCAGAUGAAGGCAGGGUUCAGAUGACUGCAGCUGCCUUUGCUAAGGGGUUGUUGGCGCUGGAAGGAGAGCUGACACCAAUUUUGGUACAGAUGGUGAAGAGUGCUAACAUGAACGGCCUGCUGGAUAACGACCUAGACUCACUGAGCGGCUGUCAGCAACGUGUCAAAGCCAGGCUUCACGAGAUCAUGCAAAAAGACGAAGACUUCACUGAAGAAGAUUUUGACAAGCUGGUUCCAACUGGAAGCCCCUCAAUGGUGAAUUCAAUGAAAUCUGUUGAAAAUCCAGUGACAACAUGCAACAAAGUCUACAGCCUCAUCCAGAGCCUCAUUUCCCAAAUACAAAAAAAACUCGAAGAUCCCAAAUCUGCAGAUCUGCAGUUGUACCACAGCGAGACUUUGGAGAUGAUGCUGCAGCGCUGGUCUAAACUGGAGAGGGACUUCUUCAUGAAGAGUGGACGUUACGACAUCAGCAAGAUCCCAGAUAUCUAUGACUGUGUGAAGUAUGAUGUUCAGCACAACAGUUCCCUGGGCCUUCAGGAUACCGUGGAACUGUUCAGCCUGUCACGAGCGCUGGCAGAUCUUGUGAUACCACAGGAAUAUGGCAUUAACAAGUUAGAGAAGUUGGAGAUAGCAUAUGGCUACUGUCUGCCUCUGAUCAAGAAGAUCCAGCUGGACCUUCAGAGGACUCACGAGGACGAGUCUGUCAACAAGCUCCAUCCGCUGUAUUCCCGUGGUGUGUUGUCACCAGGCAGGCGUGUACGAACACGACUGUAUUUCACCAGCGAGAGUCACGUCCAUUCUCUGCUUAGCAUUUUCCGCUACGGAGGCCUUCUGGAUGAAGACAAUGACCAGCAGUGGAAAAGGGCCAUGGACUAUCUAAGUGCUGUGCCUGAGCUCAACUAUAUGACCCAGAUUGUUAUCAUGCUGUAUGAGGACAACAACAAGGACCCUACCUCAGAAGAGCGCUUUCAUGUUGAGCUGCAUUUCAGCCCUGGGGUUAAAGUGUGUGAAGAGGAGAACACACCGAUGGGCUUUGGCUUCCGUCCUGCUUCUUCUGAGAAUGACCAGAAGCAGACAGAUCCUGGAAGUUUAGAGAACCUUGUGCGGGAUGAACCAGAUCGAGCAUUACCUCUGUCUGAAUCUGUAGGCACUCAGCGUAGAUCCCCACUGAUUCAAAACCGCAAGACUAGCUCCAUGGAGGUCCUCUCAGAGAGUUCAUCCUGUAAAGCAGCUAACUAUCGCCUUUUCCCCUCAUGCUCACGCCAGUCUCCAGAGAUGAAGCAGAGUGGAUUAGGCUCUCAGUGUGCAGGCCUCUUCAGCACCACUGUUCUUGGGGGGUCUUCUAGUGCCCCCAAUCUGCAGGAUUAUGCCCGCACACAUCGCAAAAAAAUCUCCUCUGGCAGUUUGACCUAUAAAGAUGAGUUGUUGUCUAUGCCGGCAGUAAAGCGAUUUUCUGUGUCGUUUGCAAAGCAUCCGACUAAUGGAUUUGAAGGCUGCUCCAUGGUGCCCUCUAUCUACCCCCUGGAGACGCUGCACAACUCGCUCUCACUCAAACAGGUGGACGGGUUCCUGACGGCAGUGUGUGAGAACGCAGGAGAUUCGCACACCAGAACCACUAGAGCUCUCUCAGCUAUGUUUGACUCACAGAACCAGCCCUCGGUGGACACGUAUAUUCCUCAGAGGGUGCUGUCCUCCUCUGCAUCUCUACGCCAACGCUCUGAGCGACCUCCCUGGUACAGCAGCGGUCCUUCCAGCACUGUGUCCAGCGCAGGUCCCUCGUCCCCCAACACAGCAGACACUUCUCCUCGUUUCAGCUUCAGUGAGAAAGCAGCUCUUACACCGCAGAGCAGUGAGGAGAUUCACUCGUCCUCCCAUGUUGCCAGCCAGCCUGCUCCUCCGCACUCCUGUCUUCCUGAAAGCCCUCCUUCUGACCCACGCUCUGUCGAUGACCCCCAACCCCAAAGUCCAGACAGACCUAGUGACCUCAUCAUGGACAGCACAGCAUAUUCAGACUCCCCACUUCCAGAGUGCGAACAGGUUGCUGAGGCUUAUAGUAUCACUGAAGCCAAAACAGACCCCAGUCCUCUCUGUUCUCCUCAAGUUGACCUCAGCCUGGCCAUGGAGUCCUUCUCUACCCUGCCUGAAUCUGUGACCAUGUCUGUCCCAGGUUCUUUGCCCGUGCUCUUGGAGCUGCGUGAGAGCAGUUCAGAGGCUGGUUCCAGCACCCAAACUCCCCUGAGCCCUGACGAGCCUGAAGAAUUCUUCAACACCCAGGAGACAGUGGAGGUGGAUGUGUGGAGGAACGGCACACAGAGUCUCUCUCACCCCGGCACUCCGUUAGAGGUCGGCGCUCCACAUGCCUCUGAGUCCUGAGGACGAUCUGCCUCUCCACACACAGCUUGCAUGCUAAUCCAUGCUUAUCCUUUAUGGUGCCUGGGUGACUUCAUGUUAAGUGCUGUACACCUGCUGAAGGUCCUGGAGGUAAAACGGUUUCCUGCUCAGACAUUGUGGAAUUAGAGGCUUGCGUUUCCUCCUUUAGCCUUCUACUGAAAUCCUGCAUGUCAUUCGUUUCAGCGUGAAGCCGUAUUGCUCCUUUUAGAAUUAACCAUACCACAGAUUUCCCCAUCAGCUUGGUGUCACAUUGAGAACUUGUUUGUGAACCUGCCUGUGACUUCAUGUUAAUGUGGCUAUACUGUACGUGCAAUAGAAAUGGACAACGACCAGGUGAUCAACUCUUUAAGGUGCACUGAAUACACGCUGUUUAUUCUUUCUUUCUUUUUUUUUUUUCUUUGAGCAUCUUGCCAUUUCAUACAGUAAACACACCUUUUUGUUUAUAUUGUUCCCAUAUUACAUCAGUAGCCAGUACUUUAUUGAUGAAUCUGUAUUCAUACAGUUGGCUGCUAUUUCCAUGCAUUUCACAGGCCACAUUUGAUUGCAAAUUUACUUAUCUUACUUACAUAAUACAGAGUGUGGACAAGGACAGGAGAUUGAUGUUGUAGCCUACUGAUGUUUUUUUUAUUUAUUUAAUCUGCCAAAGCUUUCAACACGACAGUCAUAACUUAUUAAAUCGCAAGGAGCUAUAUAUCUGUGUACGAUACAUUAUACUAUAUUUAUCAGCUAAUGCAAAACAUAUUUUUAAUAUAGAAACUUAACAAAUGAAUAAAUUGUCUCAUCUUUUAUCGAUUUUAUAUUUUUCUAAAAACAUACAGUACCACAGUUUGGAUUAAGGAGUAAGUUCUUAUCACAGUGAAAUUCAGGUUAAUUUUCCUCUAGCUUUGUAGCUGUCGGCUCUUAAGGAAAAAAAAACAAAAAACAAACGCUCAUUUUCUACCAUAGACGCCUGUGCCUGCUUAUCUCAGCUGACGUUUCUGACAUUUUAUUUUGUUAUUUUUACUGUACAGUACAGAGCUUACCAAUGAAACAAUAUUAUUUAAUGUCACCCAGUUAAUAUGCUGCUGCUCACAAGUUUGCACUGUAAACUGUUAGAUUGACAAAAGCAGAUGAGUAAUCGACAUAAAAGGAGGACGAGCGCUCGAGUGCGUUUUUUGUUUUUUUUUUGUUGACUGUAGAUGGUGCACAUGAAUGUGGUGUGUAGAGUUAAAUGUCUGACUAGAGCUUUUCUACUCUGACUGACCUGUAUGUUUGUCUAAUACUACUAUUACUAUACACAAUAGUAUACACUAUCAGCUGGGGGGGAAAAAACUUUAUUUGCUCUAUUGACAUGUCAUUGUAAUUUCCACAGAGAUUAUGUAUUAUUAUUAAGAUUAUUUUGAGUUAAUUACUGACAUGAUAAAACCAUUUUAAUUACAUUGUGUUGUUAUUUAGGUGUAGUGCUGCUGGUGCUGUUUGCAGUCGGUGUAGUCUUUAUAAAAAGUGUCAUUUUCAGUGUUCUAGUACAUGUCCUUAAAAACGAUCUGAAUAAAAGUUGAUGUAUGCUGC